AUGCCUAAUCUCUCCGCUUUUAUCACCCACCAUGAUACCUUCAACGCUCUCCUGGGUUCUGAGCCCAAGCUCGAGCUUCUCCUAGAGGACAGCAGCUACCCUUUUGCCCACGAGGCCGGCGUCUUCAUCCCAUUAAUGAACAGCCUGUUCAUAACAAGCAACCGCAUUGCAGACCCUACUGGCCAACAGCGCGUCCAGAUAUCGAAAAUCACCAUCGACGACGCCUCUGGUCGAGUGUAUCGCGAAGACCUCCCCGAGCCCACCAUCCCCAUGGCCAACGGCGGCGUCAACUACAAAGACGGCAUCCUAUUCUGCAGCCAAGGCUCGCCCACCCAGCCGGCCGCCCUCUACGAAAUGUCCCUCUCCCAGCCCUACACCUUCACCCCCGUCCUCGACUCCUUCCACGGCCGCGCCUUCAACUCGCUCAACGACGUCGUCGUCCACAGCGACGGCAGCAUCUGGUUCACCGACCCCAUCUACGGCUACGAGCAGGGCUACCGCCCGCGCCCGCAGCUCCCCAACCAAGUCUACCGUUACGACCCGCAUACAUCCAGUAUCCGCGCCGUCGCCGACGGCUUCGGCCGCCCCAACGGCAUCUGCUUCUCGCCCGACGAGCGCAUCGUGUACGUCACCGACACGGACCGCGUGCACGGCGACGGCACCACCGACGACACGCGCCCGUCGACCAUCUACGCCUUCGACAUCGCCCACCACUCCGGCCAGCCGUUCCUGACCAACCGCCGCCUCUUCGCCUUCGCCGACGCCGCCGUCCCCGACGGCAUCAAGGUCGACUUGGACGGCAACGUCUACAGCGGCUGCGGCGAUGGCGUCAAUGUCUGGUCGCCCGGUGGCGUCUUGCUGGGCCGCGUCAGGGUCGACGGCGGCGUCGCGAACUUCUGCUUCGGCCGCCAAGGCGAGCUGUUCUUGUUGAACGAGCACAGGUUGUGGAGGGCGAGGCUGGCGCCGACGGUGAGGGGUGCGCUGUUGGGGCUCUGA